GUAAAUUACAGGAUAUGUAGGAGCGAAACUGACUAAAAGUUUAACUCGGGUUGGCUUUUUGAAGUUAUAACAGGUGUGAUGCAUUAAACUGAUAGAAUACAAGUUGCAAGUGAAGAAAUUAAUAUAUUCGGUGUUAUGAAUAUGUCGAUUUAACUGACUUAACCCAGAUCGAAUUUUACUAAACACGCUUGGGGUCCUCCCGAUAACCGCAACACGUUUGAGUUGUUAGGUGACGUGGUUCAUAAUCGGUAAUAAUGACGCAGAUACGUUCAACCUUUAUGUACCUCUAAAUCUUGAUUCUUCAUAUUCCUUCAUGUGGCUUUAUUCCUUUUGUCUUUUCAUCCAACAUAAUAACUAUAUAGUUUUGUUAUUAUCGUUGGUACUACAUUAUUACAUCUCAUCUUCGAAAUUUCAUCUUAUGGUGCUAAUGAAUUUUAGGGACGUGGACGAACUAAAAAUUUUACCAGGCUAAGCAUUGAUGAUGAUUGACAUACUAAACUCACUGUCGCUAAUGGAGUCGAUAGGUGUGAGGGCAGAUGUAACAUACUCUUAAGGUUGAUUACAGAAUGAAAUACCAGUUUCCCAGCCUAUCGAAAAUAACUAUUUCAUCGACAGAAUUGUAGCCUAGACCUAACUUUUCGACAAGUGAAUUAGUUGACCAAACGAAUGUCAAUUAAUUUCAUUGUUUAAUGAGUUUUUUGGAAAUUUUUAUGAUUGCAGUUCUUAAUAAUGUUAUUCACAGUUUAUAAUUUCAAGGUGACUUAACAAAUAGUUUUAGCCAUCUAUGGAUUCGCACGAGUCCUUAUCUCCUCAGGAAGUGCACAUGAUACGAAAGUGACUGUCUCCACUUCCUUAACCUAUAAGUUUAAAUUGCAUAUUAAGAAAAUCAUUGGGAAGUAGGUUAAGGUAUUUGGAUAAACUCUACAAACUGACGGUAAUAUUAAAAGUAUGUUAUGUUAGGGUUAGUCUGUUUUUUCCAUAUGUUCAGUAACGGAAAUAUAUUUUUCUGAUCUUGUGUAAGAAAUGCUUAGGGGUGCAUCUAACUAAACCAUACCUCCAUACACAAUAUCACAUUAAAAGAUAUUUCAAUAAAUACUGAUGAGUGUAAUGGUUUCGCUCUUACAAAUUUAUUCUCAUUUCAAUCACUGUAGUGAGCUGAUAUUGUUCUAUUUAUAUUUUCAAUACCUUUUAUCAAAUCUUAAGUAUUAUUGGAAUCUCCCAUACAUUACGUAUUAAUUAAUGGUCUGUUUUCACUGUUGAUAAAUAAUUAUUACAUCUAAUUGUGAUGAAUUGAUGCCUUACAGUUUAUUCACUCAGUAGCACAAAUAGUUUUCCGAUAUAGAAGCAUAGUACUUAAAAAAUAUCAGUAGUAAAAGUCACAUAUUGCAAUAUUAUGUAGUUAGCGAGAUUUUCAAAUGAACACUAUCUUGAGUGUUAUCAUUUACAUUUUAUGACUGCAUUACAAGUUUGUACUUAUUGAGAGAGUAGUAAAAGAAGGACCUAUGGUAUAAAAGUACACUUUAAAUGAAAUGAUCUAUUUUGAAACAUAAAAUAUUAGGUAAACGGAAUAUACCCACUGAGACACAAGAUAAGAAAGCUUGGUUCAGCGAAGUUCUCUUCGGCAAAUUCAUUUUCAAAGACAUUAUAACUGCCUUUGACAGACUUCUACUUACCUUGUCAUUCUGAAAAAUAAGUUACGACGAUAGGCUAAAUAAACCGUUAUUAAUUCUAAAUAUAUUCAGCUCCUGUAGCUCUUCUAGGGUUACUGCCGGUCCCAAGUUCUUGUUAUGGAGGAGGGUUGGGCAUGAGUUCAGUAACCCCAUCAAGUAGAAAACAACCUUACUAAAAUAUACCAACCGAACUAGACAAUUUAAUCUCUGAUCUGGGAGUUGAAGGAUAUUUCAAAUGAAUUAUGACGCCUAAUGGUGAAAACCGAGAUUCUUCGGAAGUCACGAGACCGAUGCCCAUUCUAACAAUCAGAGCAUCAAUUAAUAUAGGUCCAUGGAAUGUUCGGACAAUGUAGGGGACUGGGAGGACCAACCAAAUGGCAACGGAAAUGAGGAGAUACAGCUUGGCGGUUCUCUGAAUCAGCAAAACCCAUUGGACCCAAACUGGACAGCAAAGGUUUGGUACGAGAGAGAUGCUGCUGUACUCCGGUUAAGAAGAGGAAAAUGCUCCACACACUCAGGGAUUCACUCUCAUGCUUUCCGAAAUGCACGAAAUACACUUAUAGGAUGGGAAUCUCAUGGAUGCAGGAUCGUCAAAGCACCAUUCAAAACAAAGAAGGAGGGAAUCACGAUGAAUAUUAUGCUGUAAUCAAAUAUAGCAAAGUGCCCAAGAAAGGAUCUCACCAUCCUGAUGGGAGACAUAAACUCCAGAACCAGAAUGGACAACACCGGAAAUAAAGAUAUCAUGGGACAACAUGAACUGAUUGGGAUAAAGCAACGAGAAUGGUGACAGAUUUACAAAUUUAUCUGCAUUCAACAAAAUGAUUGUAAGUGGCACAGUAUUUCCACAC